AACAGAAGGAGGUAAACCAAUUUUAACAACAGAUUUAGUACAAAGCAUUAUGAAAAGUCAGGGAAAGAAAACUACAGUAGAGAGUAGCUCAGCAACUAUAGCAGCAAAUGCUGGAAAUAAAGACAACCCGAUUUAUGUUGUAAUUGAAGAAGCGCGUGGAUACAUGUUUUGGCGCGCGUUGCGUUGGGUAGGAAUUACAUUUACGUAUGCUUUCUGUAUACUGACCUUCCUUAGUAUCGCUAUGGAAAAUUCCGGUCUAUUAAAGACCGGGGGAUCACAGUCAGAAUAUGAGCCAUCUUCUCAACAGGUGGUUAAAUUUUCUGAUGUUCAUGGUGUUGAUGAAGCCAAGGAAGAAUUAGAAGAAUUGGUUGAAUUCUUAAGAGAUCCAUCAAAGUUCACUGGUUUAGGAGGUAGAUUACCUAAGGGAGUAUUAUUAACUGGACCUCCAGGUACUGGAAAAACAUUGCUGGCGCGUGCCGUUGCCGGUGAGGCAGGUGUACCAUUCUUUUUCAUGUCAGGCUCCGAAUUUGAUGAAAUGUACGUUGGAGUUGGAGCCAGGAGAGUCCGUGAACUUUUUGCUGCUGCAAGACGCAAAGCGCCUAGUAUAGUUUUUAUUGACGAGUUAGAUGCAAUUGGCUCAAAACGUAAUCCCAAAGAUCAAACAUAUAUGAAACAGACGCUCAACCAAUUAUUAGUCGAUUUGGAUGGGUUUUCACAAACGGAGGGAGUUAUUUUCAUCGCGGCAACGAAUUUUCCAGAACUCUUAGAUAAGGCAUUAGUUCGUCCCGGUCGAUUUGACAGACACGUCGAAGUUCCCCUCCCAGAUGUUCGUGGUAGGAUGCAAAUUUUGUCGCAUCAUUUAAAAAAUGUUCAAUUGUCACGUGAUGUGAACAUAAGUGUUAUUGCACGAGGUACACCAGGAUUCUCGGGUGCUGAUUUAGCUAAUUUAGUUAAUCAAUCGGCAAUACAAGCUUCGAGGGACGGUUCUCGUGAAGUAGCAAUGAGACAUAUGGAACAUGCCAAAGAUAAAAUAAUCAUGGGCGCCGAACGCAGAUCUGCCGUAAUUACAGAUGAUAGUAAACGAUUAACUGCAUAUCAUGAAGGUGGUCAUGCACUUGUAGCAUUGUAUACACCGGGAGCAUUACCAUUACAUAAAGCUACAAUCAUGCCACGAGGUAAUAGUUUGGGUAUGACUGUUCAAUUACCCGAGAUGGAUAAAGACAGUUAUACCAAGAAAGAAUAUCUUGCAAUGAUUGAUGUUGCUAUGGGUGGUAGAGUUGCAGAAGAAAUGAUAUUUGGUAAAGAAAACGUGACAACUGGUGCACACAAUGAUAUCUCGACAGCAACAAAUGUAGCUAAACGUAUGGUUACAUUGUUUGGAAUGAGUGAUAAGGUUGGUCCAGUAGCCCAUCCAGAAGAAGAGAUGGAACAAUUAAGUACACAAACUAAACUAGUUAUAGAAACUGAAAUUAAGGCACUAACAGAGAAUGCUCAAAUACGUGCAAGUAAUUUAUUAAAAACUCAUAAAGAAGAGUUACAUAGAUUAGCAAAAGCAUUGAUGGAUUAUGAAACUCUUUCACAAGAAGAAAUUGAAUUAGUUGUUAAAGGAAAAAAUAUUCAACGAUAA